GCUAAAUAUACUCCAUUUUGGCAUGAGGGAGCAGACAGAUGGAUAAAACACUGACGUCUGACGCAGGACUGACUGAAGUCCACAAGAUGAGUGAUUGUGAGGAGGAAGAGGAGGACAGAGCAGAGUCUUCAGCAUCCAGCUGUCCGUCUAUGAAGAGUAACCAGUCUAAAGAUCGUCCCUGGAACUUCAGUAAUGAACUUGAACCCUCAGACACAAAACUGACUGAAGUCCACAAGAUGAGUGAUUGUGAGGAGGAAGAGGAGGACAGAGCAGAGUCUUCAGCAUCCAGCUGUCCGUCUAUGAAGAGUAACCAGUCUAAAGAUCGUCCCUGGAACUUCAGUAAUGAACCUGGACCCUCAGACACAAAAGGUCGGUAUCACAGGCAGACAGCAGAGUCACAGUGUUCGUCUAUGAAGAGUGAGGAGUCCAUGGGAAAACCUCCAAACUUCAGUGAUGGACCCAGAGACACAAAAGGUCAGUAUCACAGGCAGACAGCAGAGUCACCACGAUCCAGCUGUUCGUCUAUGAAGAGUGAUGAGUCCAUGGGAAAACCUCCACACUUCAGUGAUGGACCCAGAGACACAAAAAAGAAGAAGAGGAAACGUGAUGUUUCUGUGGAAGAGCAGCUGUCCUGCUGUUCUUUGUGUCAGGACGUCCUGAAGGAUCCAGUAUCUACCAGCUGUGGACACUGGUUCUGCAGACAGUGCAUCACUUCAUACUGGAAUCAGUCUACUUCAUCAGGAGACUCCUUGUGUCCCCAGUGUGGAAAAAGAUCCAGAACAACACCUGGACUGCAACCAGACAGUCAGACCAGCACUGUACAAAUUUUAGGGAAUGUUGCUCUCUGCAAGGUUUUAGAUGAACAAAGGACCUGUCUGAGUGGGAGAUGUGAACGUGUGACUCAAGGAACUGAUGAAGCAAAAAGUAAAACUGUCCUCAACAGCAUCUACACUGAGGUCUACAUUACAAAGGGACAGAGUGAAAAGGUGAGGCAGCUUGAGACAGAUUCCAAGAUGGAGAUCCACCAUGACACUCCAAUCAAGUGCUGCGACAUCUUUAAAGUCUUACCUGACCAACAGAAACACAUCAGAGUCGUUAUGAUGAACGGCGUCGCUGGCGUCGGAAAAACCUUCUCAGUGCAGAAGUUCACUCUGGACUGGGCACAGCGCUCCAAAAACCAAGAUAUCAAUCUGGUGAUUCCACUUCCGUUCAGGGAGCUGAACGUGAUCAAAAAUGAGCAGUACAGUCUGAUCAUGCUGAUCCAUGUUUUCUAUCCAACAUUACAGAAGCUCACAGCAGAGAUGCUCGCUGUCUGUAAAGUUUUGUUCAUCUUUGACGGCCUGGAUGAAAGCAGACUUUCACUGGAUUUCAACAACAGUGAAGUCGUGUCUGACAUCACACAGAAGUCAUCAGUCAGCGUGCUUUUGACAAACCUCAUCGCAGGUAAUCUGCUUCCCUCAGCUCUUAUCUGGGUAACUUCCCGACCUGCAGCAGCCAAUCAGAUCCCUCCUUCAUGUGUGGACAGGGUAACAGAAGUACGAGGCUUCACUGACAACCAGAAGGAGGAGUACUUCAGGAAGAGAUUCAGUGAUGAAGAGCAGUCCAGCACAAUUACUUCACACAUCAAGACAUCCAGGAACCUCCACAUCAUGUGUCGAAUCCCAGUCUUCUGCUGGAUCACUGCUACAGUUCUGGAGGACAUGUUGACUUCAGACCAGAGAGGACAGCUGCCCAAGACCCUGACUGACCUGUACUCACACUACCUGCUGGUUCAGACAAAGAGGAAGAAGAACAAGUAUGAAGAGGGACAUGAGAUGAGUCCACAGGAGCUGACGAAGGCUGACAGGAAACUUCUUCUGAAGCUGGGGAGGCUGGCGUUUGAACAACUGGAGAAAGAAAACAUCAUGUUCUACCAAGAAGACCUGGAGCAGUGUGGUCUUGAUGUCACAGAGGCCUUGGUACACUCAGGAUUUUGUAGAGAGAUUUUCAAAAGAGAGAGUGUGAUCUUCCAGAAAACAGUCUACAGCUUUGUUCAUCUGAGUGUUCAGGAGUUUCUGGCUGCAGUCUACAUGUACCACUGUUACACCAGCAAGAACACAGAGGUACUGCAGAACUUCCUUGGAAAAGACUACAGCUACUCAUCCCUGGAUGUCUUCCUGAUGGGAGCCUUAGACAAAUCUAUGGACAGUAAAAAUGGCCACCUGGACAUGUUUGUUCGCUUCCUUCAUGGCCUCUCUCUGAAGUCCAACCAGAGUCUCUUACGAGGCCUGCUAGAUCAGUCAAAGAACAGUCCAGUAAUCAUCAAGAGAGUCAUCAACAACUUGAAGGAGAAGAGGACCUACGUGUCUCCUGACAGAAGCAUCAACAUCUUCCACUGUCUGAUGGAGAUGAACGACCGCUCAGUAUAUCAGGAGAUCCAAGAGUUCCUGAAGUCAGACAACAGAUCACAGAAGGAACUUUCUGAGAUCCAUUGCUCAGCUCUGGCCUACAUGCUGGAGAUGUCUGAGGAGGUUCUGGAUGAGUUGGACCUGCAGAAGUACAACACAACAGACCAGGCACGACUGAGACUGAUUCCAGCUGUGAGGAACUGCAGGAAGGCUGUGCUCAAUAGCUGUGGACUCUCAGAGACUCACUGUGAAGUUGUGGCCUCAGCUCUGAUGUCCAACCCCUCCCAUCUCAGAGAGCUGGACCUGGGUGAAAAUGACCUGCAGGAUUCAGGGGUGAAGCUGCUAUCUGCUGGACUAGAGAGUACAAACUGUACACUGGAGACUCUGAGAUUGAGUGACUGCAGUUUGUCAGAGAUCAGCUGUGCUUCUCUGGCUUCAGCUCUGAAGUCCAACCCCUCCCAUCUGAGAGAACUGCAUCUGAGUAACAACGACCUGCAGGAUUCAGGGGUGAAGCAGCUGUGUGAUUUUCUCGAGAAUCCACACAGUAGACUGAAGACUCUGAGAUUGAGGGGCUGCAAUUUGUCAGAGAUCAGCUGUGCUUCUCUGGCCUCAGCUCUGAAGUCCAACCCCUCCCAUCUGAGAGAGCUGGAUCUGGGUGACAACACACUGCAGGAUUCAGGGGUCAAGCUGCUGUGUGAUUUUAUUGAGAGCCCACAGUGUGGACUGGAGACUCUGAGGUUGAGGUACUGCAGUUUAUCAGAGAUCAGCUGUGCUUCUCUGGUCUCAGCUCUAAAGUCCAACCCCUCCCAUCUGAGAGAGCUGAAUCUGACUGGAAACAAGCUACAGGAUUCAGGAGUGAGGCUGCUGGGUGAUUUUCUGAAGAGUCGACAUUGUAGACUGGAAACUUUGAGAUUGUGGGACUGCAGUUUGUCAGAGAUCAGCUGUGCUUCUCUAGCCUUAGCUCUGAAGUCCAACCCCUCCCAUCUGAGAGCUUUGGAGCUGAACUACAAUCACAAGCUGCAGGAUUCAGGAUUGAAACUUCUGUGUCGUUUUCUAGAGAGUCCACACAGGAGACUGGAGACUCUGAGAUUGAGUUUCUGCAGUUUGUCAGAGGACAGCUGUGCUUCUCUGGUCUCAGCUCUGAAGUCCAACCCCUCCCAUCUGAGAAAGCUGCAGCUGAGCUCCAACAAACUGCAGGAUUCAGGAGUGAAGCUGCUCUGUGAUUUUCUUGAGAGUCCACAGUGUGGACUGGAGACUCUAAGAUUGAGGGACUGCAGUUUGUCAGAGAUCAGCUGUGCUUCUCUGGCCUCAGCUCUGAAGUCCAGCCCUUCCUGUCUUAGAGAGCUGGAUCUGAGCUACAACAACCUGCAGGAUUCAGGGGUGAAACUGCUGUGUACAUUUCAAAGGAGGCCCCAAUGUAUACUGGAGACUCUGAGAUUGAGUAAAUGUGGUUUGUCAGAGAUCAGCUGUGCUUCUCUGGCCUCAGCUCUGAAGUCCAACCUCUCCCAUCUGAGAGAGCUGGAUCUGAGUCUCAACAACCUGCAGGAUUCAGAUGUGAAGCAGCUGUGUGAUCUUAAGGAGAGUCCAGACUGCAGACUGGAGACUCUGAGAUGGUGAUGAUCUCAGUAAGAGUGUGAAUGAGCAUCCAGGAGUGUGUUGAGAGAGGAUCAGCUGUAUUCCGAUGAUCCAGAGAGGUUGAAUCAGC